AUGUGGAACCCAAAUGGAAAUCCCAGUGGGGAUCCCAGUGUAAACCCCAGUGAGGAACUAAAUACAGAUCCCAGUGAGAAUUCCAACGGAGAUCCCAAUGGGGAUUCCAAUGGGGACCCCAAUGGAAAACCCAAUGAGGAUCCGAAUCCCAGUGAGAAUUCCAAUGGAGAUCCCAAUGGGGAUUCCAAUGGGGACCCCAAUGGAAAACCCAAUGAGGAUCCCAGUACAGAUCCCAGUGAGGAUCCCAAUGGAAACCCCAGUGAGGAACCCAAUAUGGAUCCCAGUGGGGACCCCAAUCAGGAUCCCAAUGUGGAUCCAAAUGGAAAUCCCAAUGAGGACCCCAGUGUAAACCCCAGUGAGGAUCCCAAUACGGAUCCCAGUGAGAAUUCCAAUGGAGAUCCCAAUGGGGAUCCCAGUGGGGAUCCCAAUGGAAACCCCAAUGAGGAUCCCAGUACAGAUCCCAGUGAGGAUCCCAACAUGGAUCCCAGUGGGGACCCCAAUGGGGAUCCCAAUCCAAAUGGAAAUCCCAAUAAAGAUCCCAGUGAGGACCCCAAUGAGGAUCCCAAUGGAGAUCCCAAUGGAAACCCCAAGGAGGAUCCCAACAGUGAUCCCAGUGAGGAUCCCAAUGAUGAUCCUCAUGAAGAUCCCAAUGGAAAUCCCAACAAGAAUCUGAGUGAAGAUCCCAAUAGAAAUCCCAAUGGGGAUCCCAAUAGAAACCCCAAGGAGGAUCCCAAUGACAAUCCCCAUGAAGAUCUCAAUGGGGAUCCUAACAAGGAUCCCAGUGAAAAUCCCAACAAGGAUCCCAGUGAAGAUUCCAAUAGAAAUCCCAAUGGGGAUCCCAAUCAUGGACCCUAA